GUGAGGAUGGAGAUGGCGUGAGUGUGUACGGCACACAGAGUUGCUCGAUGUGCACCGUCUUCUGCUGUUAGAAGGAGUGUGUGGUUUGCAGACUACACCUCAGUGCGGCGCUAUGCACGCUUCCCUCUGUGGGGAGAUCAGCCAGGAACGCUUGGCAGUGGUUGCCGGCUCUCCUGGCACAGGGAAACCUUCCCGAACCUUCUUGUGGCACCCAUGUGAUUUACCUGAUGUUCUGAAAACCAGUGAGACCUGCAGUAUAUCAGACAGAGGCUGCUCCGCUAGCUCAGGUUCAUCAGUUUGGGUCCAGAGGGGUGAUGACAUGGAACGGAACCACAGCUGACCCAUAAUGGACAUUAAGGACUCUUCUGAAAUUUGACUGAAGAAAUGGCCAUAAAAGAAAUUACCUCGUUUCUAUAAAACUCCCAGUGAAGACUUCUUCAUGUGUCCAUUCCACAGAAACUCCCUGCACUCCUCUAACGAGCCUGGCACAGUGGUGAACCGCUUUCCCUGUUGUCCGUGUCCAAGUGGAUCUUCCAGACAGCCCUAGAGAUGAUGAUGUUUGAACUGAACAAUUAAGGGUUCCGAAAUCAGAGAUCUUGAGAUUAAAAAUGGCAGGAAAAUCAUCGCUUUUUAAAGUAAUUCUCCUUGGAGAUGGUGGAGUUGGGAAGAGUUCUCUAAUGAACAGAUACGUGACUAAUAAGUUUGAUGCCCAGCUCUUCCAUACAAUAGGUGUGGAAUUUUUAAAUAAAGAUUUGGAGGUGGAUGGACACUUUGUUACCAUGCAGAUUUGGGACACGGCCGGUCAAGAGCGGUUCAGAAGCCUGAGGACGCCAUUUUACAGAGGUUCUGACUGUUGCCUGCUUACUUUUAGCGUCGAUGAUUCUCAAAGCUUCCAGAAUUUGAGUAACUGGAAGAAAGAAUUCAUAUAUUAUGCGGAUGUGAAAGAGCCCGAAAGCUUUCCUUUUGUGAUUUUGGGUAACAAGGUUGACAUCAGCGAGCGGCAGGUGUCUGCAGAAGAAGCUCAAGCCUGGUGCAGGGACAACGGCGACUAUCCUUACUUUGAAACAAGUGCAAAAGAUGCCACGAAUGUGGCAGCGGCCUUUGAGGAAGCAGUUCGAAGAGUGCUUGCUACCGAGGAUAGGUCAGAUCACUUGAUUCAGACAGACACAGUCAGUCUGCACCGAAAGCCCAAGCCCAGCUCAUCUUGCUGUUGAAGUUUGAGAGGUUGCCCGUGCGAUCUAACCAGCUCACACACAUGCACAGAUAAGCACAGGGUGGAGACGAGAAUUCGUGUUUGCAGCGAUGGAUCACGUACUCAUGAAAUUAAACUAACCAUAUUGCUGCCUUGUUGGUGGGUGGGAGAAGGGACACAUCCACUCCCAGGAGAAUCUCUUUACUCAGUAAUGGCACCUUACCUUUAUAAGUUGUAACGGUUGUCUAAUAAUGUUUAAUUUAAAUAUGUAUGUCACACAGCUAAUAAAUGAGAUGACCAAGACUUUAUAAUUAAAACAAAACACUUGAGUAUUCUAGAAGUUAGUGUUUUUUCCCCGGGAAAAUGGAGAACUACUUUUUCUAUGUGUAUAUUUUUAUGUAAUUAGCACUCUGUUCCUAGUUCAGGGAAAACAUGUCCUAAAGCAAUAACGUUAGAUAUUAAAGAUUAAAAUCCAGU